AUGGGCAUGACGUGGGUCGGUCUGUUCAAACAGUUGAUACCAAGGUCUGUUUGCUACAACUGCGAUUGUCUAGCAAUCGGUCAAGAAGGCUCUAAUUGCCCUACGGCAUGGGGGCAAUCAGCCCUGCCCCCUCAGGCUAUUCCAGACCACGACGAGCCAUGUGCUGUGCGCGGUUGUCCUGCGUAUGAUCCUGCGGGUCCAAUUGCAGAUAUGCAAGACAGGGCCAAAGUGAACGGGCGGCAGCCGGCAGACGCGGAGCAUUGUAUUCGACAUGAGGGAGCGGAUACUAAUGCUGAGGUUCGACGUCGCCAACCUAGCAAGAGAGCGUGGGCUUUUGAUUCUGGAUCUAUUUCUGUUGCGAUUCCGUUGAACACAAGGCGGCGCUGUUGCCGAAUAUGA